AGGACCAAAGAGGGUAUUAAUUUGUUGUUUGACUUGCAGAGUAGUCCGUAAAUUUUGGUGUCGGGAAGGGUUUAAGGGAGUUUGGAGGCGAAGAAAGAAUCGAAUAUCAACAAAAGCCAAAGAAAAAAAAAAAAAAGAGAAAAAACCCUCGGAUCUUCUCUUCUCCGUAUAAUGGAUCCAUACUCUUCGUCGUCGUCGUCGUCGUCGUCAAGUGGGGCGUCGCCGCAGGUUUCGACGGAGGACAUCAUGGACCAGGUCAAACUCCAGCUUGCCCAGGCCUAUGCCGAAGAGUUCCUCGAGACUUUGAGGGGAAAGUGCUUUGAGAAGUGUAUCACCAAACCUGGGAGCAGCCUGAGUGGUAGUGAGAGUAGUUGUGUCUCAAGGUGUGUGGAUCGCUACAUUGAAGCCACCGGUAUCAUCAGCAGAGCUCUUUUUCGAACAUCAAGCUGAAGUUUGUGAUCUGACAAUUUUUAAAACUUUCUUCUGGAAGUUGUUGGUGGGCAGUUAGGAGGUUGUCGUUUUCUAUUUCUGAUUAUCAUUGAUAACAUAGAAAUUUGAUAUUCUGAUGGGGUCUGUAAUCCCACCUGGUUCAUUCCAGAAUACGUCAAACUUUUUUGCUUCUUGUUGGUAAAUUGCACUUAAUAGCUAAGUGGACGUGUCGAUCGUUAUAUGGCAACGCUCGUUAAAUUGAUAAAUUGCACAUGUCGAUCGUUAAAUUGCACUUAAUUGUUAGGAGGUUGCCGUUUUCUAUUUCUGAUUAUCAUUGAUAACAUAGAAAUUUGAU